AUGGCUGGAGGGAGUAGGAGGUCUGGUCGGCGGUUGCCGAAGAUGUUGUUGCUGUUAUACAAGGACUCAUGUUAUCUAUUUGAUAGGGAUAGUUCGGUGGUGGAGUUGCGGGAGCGGGAGGCAGCGAACCUGAUCCGGACGGGUUCGGUGAGCGGAGGGCCAGCGAAGAAGUACUUCAGUUUCAACCCUGAGAGCGGACGGAUGGAGACCAAAUACCGUUUCCAUUACCACGUGUGGACGGUCGUGUUGGAUAGCGUGGAGGAGGCGGAAAAUCUCGCGACCUCCACCACCGUGGUUCGAGCCGCGGGGACGACCACAACCAUCACCACGACCACCGUUUCCGGCACGUUGCGCGCAGGCGAGACCUGGGCCGCCGGCAAAGGCACGGAAGCGGUUCACUUUCGCGGCCCUGCACCGACACUUGCCCACGGGUUAACCAAACACGUGCAGUGCCCUUUGAUAGUCAUCGGUGAUGAUCCCAAAGCGGAAGUGGACAUGUUGAUCAACUUGCCUUCUUUUACUCGCAGUGAGUUCAAGAGCUACCUGAAGACCUGCAAGACGUCCAUUAACUCAACCGGCGAGCUACGACGUCUGUUCCUCCAGUUCGGAACCCGCUAUGAGUUGUAUAGAAACAAUGCGGGUCUAGUAUAUAAUGCUCUGUAUGAACAGCUGCUGCGCAUCAUUGAUGGAUAUACUCAGCCCCCCGGCAGCGACUUCGUUCCUGCUCCCGCCGGCGCACCAAUUCUCACGCGUUACGGAGACCUGGGCAGGCUGCCCGAAGACUAUUUGGUGCGGAAGUUUCUCUUUAACGUUCGUGUCAAGGAUGAACUGAUUUGGCACAACAAUACCUGGAUCCCCCUGAAAUUAUUGGGCUGGGACACUGCCAGUUCCAACCUCCUCAAGAUCCUCAAUGAAGGCGCCGUUGUCGACAUACUCAAUGACAAUUUCUUCUCCCAAUUCUACCAAGCCUUGGCCGGCUAUCCUCUCGUCCACCGCGCCAAGCCGCAAACUUUCAGCGGCUGCUAUCCAGGGUCAGGCUUACUGCCAAGCUUCCAACCGACCUCAGACUGCUGUCAGAUACCCGACAGCCAGUUCCGGUCAAUGAAUGCGUACAUUGCAGCGGAAUCUCUGCUUAAAAUCCAGAACGGAUUUUACAAAAAAGUGUGUGCACACGCUUUUAAAUGCGCUUUGUGUCAUCGAAUUCAAGUCCAUCUUUGCUCAGACGUAUUUGCGGAUGCUACCGCCUUGGGCAUUGACUUGGCUACGGUACAGCAUGGCUGCGGCGAGACUACGGAUGAAGAUGAUAUCUGUCGAACAAAGUCAACGACGGAUGCGGUUUUGGACUGUAUUUGGGACAGCCAGUUUUUAGUCAACAAUCCGAUCUUGUUUGACGCCCAUUCGGGCGGCCCCAAUUCCGGAGUCAAUUGGGACGGUCUGACCCAAUUAAUUGGUCAGCAGUUUCGGCGAUCGCGACGGCAGCUACGCUUGCAGUCCGGUGCCUUGCAGUUCCCACGAGGGGCGCGCCCGCGAGAGUCACAUCCAAGAAGGCGUUCCUCGCGGCGUUACGAGAUCGAUGAAGUGGUCGUGGUGCACCAACUGGGCGGCCUGAGUCUGCUCCGGCUUUUCUCUAUUUGCGCGCCAGCUUCUCAACGUGUCCCGCGCACCAGUGUCCGCUCCGAGAUGACGCUCUACCCGCCUAUGUACGUCUGCAGCCACUCUUCGUCUGCCGAGGAGUCCCAGCCAUCGCCCGCCAGUAACCGUGCUCUCACCUUGCCCCACGAAAUUUGCCUCGACGACUUUUCCAGGAGCAUCAGCAACGUCGGAGUCGUCAUUGACUCCCAAGGCAGUCCCACGGCCCGCUCUAUGGAGGACAUCGAUUCCGGGAGGGGGGACCACGGAAGAACAAACCCCGGACUGGAAGUCGGUGUCCAGAAAGUGGGGGAUCUAAGCGGAGAUCUAAUGGGAGCCCCGGCUGGAUCCCUGACCGAAGAUGUCAUGAGAGAGAUGGUGGGAGACUUGGUGGGAGGGACGAAAAGCUCCCCCCCGGAGACUGAGUGCCCCCCGCCGGCGCGGGAACAGUUGCCCGUGACACGGCCGCGCCUGCAGCCAAGCACCCAGUCGGCCCUGCUUUGGUCGCAAGCCACCUCCGUCCAGGCUCGGACCCGCACGUCAGGUAGUCUGGACCCGCCUCCGGAUCCCGACGACGGCAACUCGGACUCCGAGCCCCUGGACUUGACGAUUUCCGACGAGUUGGACGAUGACUUGGACGACGAGUUUGAGGAGCCGGGCCGUGUCGCGUUCCAGCGCAUGUUCGUCGACCGGCCCUCCUGGACCAGCCGGAAGACUACCAUUGAGGAGGCUGAAGAGCUUAUUUGGACUGACGUGGUGGACGUUUACCAUCUCCACCUCGCGCCUUACUGGACCGUCGCGCCCGAGGAAGCCGCGGGGCUGCGCCGCACUCUCGGACGCCAACUCCGUCACGAACUGCACUGUCUGCUUCGCCUCGGCCCCGGCCCCGUUUGUGCUGAUGCUCUGCACGAUGAUGACGUCCUUCAUGGCCACUGCGAACUUGACGCCGACGCGGACUGGACUCUCACCCUCGCCAGGCCCUAG